GUGCGAUAUCUUCUUCAAACGUCGCGACAAAAAGUGAGAUAGACUGUAAUGGCCCGGUGAGGUGCCUGUUCGUGAAUGAAUUUAGACGUUUACAGUAUUACACACACAAAAUGAUUCUCACAGUAAAGCCACUCCAAGGAAAGGAAUGCAGUGUCCAGGUCACGGAAAAUGAAAAAGUGUCUACAGUGAAGGAACUGGUCUCAGAGCGCCUUAACAUACCUCCAAAUCAACAGCGAUUGCUCUAUAAAGGGAAAGCCCUGGCAGAUGAGCACCGAUUAAGUGACUACUCUAUUGGGCCAGAGGCUAAACUAAACCUGGUUAUCCGUCCUGCUGGGGAAAGGACUCCUGUGGGUGAACCUGCCCCAGCCAUGGGCAGCCAUGGAGUCUGGCAGUCUGUAGCUGCUGUGCUGGCUAAACACUUCAGCCCUGCAGAUGCUGCAAAAGUGCAGGAACAAUUGAUUAAGGACUAUGAACGCUCGAUAAGACAGCUCAGUCUGGAUGACAUUGAGCGCUUGGCCAUUCGCAUGUUACAUCCAGAGGCUGAUGGUCUGGACCCCUCCUUCAUGGACUAAGUAGAGGGUGGGUGGGGAUACAAGCAACUCCUCCAGGACUAACCACAAAACACAGGGCAAGGGGGGAAUUUUAAGUUGGACUUUUGGGAGCAAGACAUCCCACGCUGUGGACUUGUAUAAGAGCGCAUGCCGCAAAGGUAUCUUCAUGGCCUUGCGAUUUGAAGUAAGGCUAGGCUCAUAACCUCCGUAUUUAUUCAUGUGUUACAAUGUCAAUACUGAUUUUUUUUUUUUACAACAAUCAUAAUAGAUUAGUGAUUUUGGAGCGUUUUGCCAAAGCAUUGUUCCAGGAUGUUAUCAGCAUAAUUUAUUUGAUUCCGUUUUUUCUGUAAAACCAUACACAUACUGUUGAGAUUAACAAUGACGAUUAGUUAUGGACAAGUGGAGCGUCUUGGGUUUUGAGUAUGACUGCAGUUAUUUGUAAAUACUGUGUUAUAUGAAUAAGGAAUUAAAAAGGAGAGAAUGCGUUGUCGGUAUUUUA